AGGAGAGUUCAGCCCAAGGUGAGGGUCUCCCCCCUGCAGUCGAGCUCCCUGCCCGAGACCGACAGGCUGCUCUGCUACGUGACGGGCUUUUACCCGGCGGAGAUCGAGGUGAAGUGGUUCAAGAACGGGCAGGAGGAGACGGAGCGCGUGGUGUCCACGGACGUGAUCCAGAACGGAGACUGGACCUACCAGGUGCUGGUGAUGCUGGAAACCAGCCCGCGGCGCGGGGACGCCUACACGUGCCAGGUGGAGCACGUCAGCCUGCAGCAC